AUGGCGGCCGCAAGCAACGUGACUGAAAUCCUUUUCUUGGGAUUUUCCCAGAACGAGAGUGUGCAGACGGUCCUUUGCGUGAUGUUUCUUCUCCUGUACACAGCUGUUGCCCUGGGCAAUGGUUUCAUCGUGGUGACCAUUGUGGCCAGCAAAGGGCUGGCCUCCCCCAUGUAUUUCUUCCUCAGCUUCUUGUCCUUGGUGGAGCUCUGUUACUGUUCAGUCACAGCCCCCAAGCUCAUCUUUGACUCUUUCACCCGGAGGAGAGUCGUUUCCCUCAGGGGCUGUGUCACACAGAUAUUUUUCCUCCAUUUCUUUGGCGGCACUGAGAUCUUUCUGCUGACGGUGAUGGCCUAUGACCGCUACGUGGCCAUCUGCAAGCCCUUGCACUAUGCCACCAUCAUGAGCCGGUGGGCCUGUGGCCUCCUGGUGGGCGCUGCCUGGGCUGGGGGCUUGCUGCAUUCUGCAGGGCAAACCUUCCUCAUUUUCCAGCUGCCCUUCUGUGGCCCCAACAUCAUUGACCACUACUUCUGUGACGUGCACCCCGUGCUGAAGCUGGCCUGCUCAGACACCUUCCUCACCAGCCUGCUGAUCAUCCUCAACGGUGGCUCCAUCUCGGUGGUCAGCUUCGCGGUGCUGCUGGCCUCCUACGUGGUCAUCCUGUGCUCCCUGAGGAGCCGCAGUGCGGCUGGGCGGCGCAAGGCCCUCUCCACCUGCGCCUCUCACCUGUCAGUUGUGGCCCUCUUCUUCGUUCCCUGCUCCUUUGUCUACAUGAGGCCCUGUGUCACCCUCCCUGUGGACAAGGUAGUGGCUGUGUUUUACACGGUGGUCACACCCCUCUUAAAUCCAGUCAUCUACUCCUUCAGGAACACUGAGGUGAAAAAUGCCAUGCAGAGACUCGUGAGGAGGAGUGCGACCUGGGAAGAGAAAUAG